AUGACAUCAGGUAUUGGAGAUAUGUGCCCCUUGGCUGGAUUUUCUACUGCACUGUCACAAACCCCUCCAAUCUUUUCAAUUUCUUCAGAAGGAAGAGAGGAUUUGCAGGUUAACCAGCUGGAAACGCAAAUAUGGAUAAAACCAGACAUACAGAAGACAGAUGUGGACUUUUCAGAAAUUCUUAAUGCGAUACAAGAAAUAGCUAAAGAUGUCAAUAUAUUUUUUGAUGAGUUAGAAGGUGUGAACAGUCCUUCCAAAGAUGAUGAUUCCCUGCUYCACCAUGGUAACUUGACCAGUACUUCUGAUGAUGCCAGCAGACUGGAAGUUGUGGGAGAGGAAGUACCUGAUAAGAACAAAACCAGUGGACUGUAUUUUAGAGAUGGAAAGUGUCGGAUUGACUACAUUCUUGUGUAUAGAAAAUCUAAUCUGCAGACAGAGAAGAGGGAARUAUUUGAGAGAAAUAUCAGAGCAGAAGGACUUCAAAUGGAAAAAGAAUCAUCCAUAACGAACAGUGACGUCAUGUUUGUGAAACUGCAUGCCCCCUGGGAGGUCCUAGGCAAAUAUGCUGAGCUAAUGAAUGUAAGGAUGCCUUUCAGGCCCUUUAACCCCUUCAAUGCUGGAGCCCCCUGCAUACUUGUGCGCUGCUGUUUUUUAAAUGGACAUUUCAUUGAAAUCAAUGGGAGGUCAAGAAGAUCCAGGAGAAAAAUCUAUUACCUGCAUCGUCGAUACAAGUUCAUGAAUAGGAUCGAGAAACAGAUAAGCAGGUUCCGAGGAUGGUUACCCAGAAAGCCAAUGAAACUGGACAAGGACACACUGCCAGAUCUCGAAGAGAAUGACUGCUACACUGCUCCAUUCAGCCAACAAAGGAUCCAUCACUUCAUAAUACACAACAAAGAUACUUUCUUCAAUAAUGCUACAAGAAGUAGAAUUGUACACCAUAUCUUACAAAGAGUGAAGUAUGAAGAAGGGAAAAACAAAAUUGGUCUGAAUCGAUUGCUCAGUAAUGGCUCCUAUGAAGCUGCAUUUCCUCUUCAUGAGGGAAGUUACAGAAGCAAGAAUUCAAUAAAAACCCACGGGGCAGAAAACCACAGACACCUGCUCUAUGAGUGCUGGGCUUCCUGGGCAGUGUGGUAYAAAUACCAGCCACUAGAUCUUGUAAGACGAUACUUUGGUGAGAAAAUUGGGCUGUACUUUGCCUGGUUAGGCUGGUACACAGGGAUGCUCUUCCCAGCUGCCUUCAUUGGAUUGUUUGUCUUUUUGUAUGGAGUCACCACUUUGAACCACUGCCAAGUCAGUAAAGAAGUCUGCCAAGCCACAGAUAUCAUCAUGUGUCCUAUAUGUGAUAAAUACUGCCCCUUCAUGAGGCUGUCGGACAGCUGCAUUUAUGCCAAGGUAACCCACCUUUUUGACAAUGGAGCUACAGUCUUUUUUGCUGUUUUCAUGGCAGUGUGGGCUACUGUUUUUCUGGAGUUUUGGAAAAGAAGGCGAGCAGUAAUUGCAUAUGACUGGGACUUGAUAGACUGGGAAGAAGAAGAGGAGGAAAUACGUCCACAGUUUGAAGCCAAAUACUCCAAGAAAGAACGAAUGAACCCCAUAUCCGGGAAGCCAGAGCCUUAUCAAGCAUUUGCAGACAAAUGCAGCAGACUCAUCGUUUCUGCAUCUGGAAUAUUUUUUAUGAUCUGUGUGGUGAUUGCUGCUGUUUUCGGCAUUGUUAUUUACCGUGUUGUGACUGUCAGCACUUUUGCUGCCUUUAAGUGGGCUUUAAUCAGGAAUAACUCUCAGGUUGCAACUACAGGGACUGCAGUGUGCAUCAACUUUUGCAUCAUCAUGCUGCUGAAUGUGCUGUAUGAAAAGGUUGCUCUUUUCCUGACAAACUUAGAGCAGCCUCGCACCGAAUCGGAGUGGGAGAACAGCUUCACUCUGAAAAUGUUUCUUUUUCAGUUUGUCAAUCUGAACAGCUCUACCUUUUAUAUAGCAUUCUUCCUUGGAAGAUUUACAGGACACCCUGGUGCCUACUUAAGGCUGAUAAACCGGUGGAGGCUGGAAGAGUGCCACCCUAGUGGAUGCCUUAUUGAUCUCUGUAUGCAAAUGGGUAUUAUAAUGGUGUUAAAGCAGACGUGGAAUAAUUUUAUGGAAUUGGGAUAUCCGCUAAUUCAAAACUGGUGGACCAGGAGAAAACUACGACUAGAGUAUGGCACACAGGGAAAAACAAGCUUUCCACAGUGGGAAAAGGACUACAAUCUGCAACCUAUGAAUGCUUAUGGACUCUUUGAUGAAUACCUAGAAAUGAUUCUUCAGUUUGGGUUCACAACCAUUUUUGUGGCAGCUUUUCCACUGGCACCACUUCUGGCCUUACUGAACAAUAUUAUUGAAAUUCGGCUUGAUGCUUACAAAUUUGUUACUCAGUGGAGAAGACCUUUAGCCUCAAGAGCCAAAGAUAUAGGAAUCUGGUAUGGGAUCCUGGAAGGCAUUGGAAUUCUUUCAGUUAUCACAAAUGCAUUUGUUAUAGCAGUGACAUCAGAUUUCAUCCCUCGCCUUGUUUAUGCUUACAAAUAUGGACCUUGUGCUGGCCAAGGGGAAGCUGGACAAAAGUGUAUGGUUGGCUAUGUUAAUGCCAGUUUAUCAGUAUUCCUGGUGUCUGACUUUGAAAACCGUUCAGAGCCAACAUCAAAUGGAAGUGAAUUCUCUGGCUCACCAUUAAAAUAUUGCAGGUACAGGGACUAUCGAGACCCUCCCCACGCCCCGGUGCCCUAYGGUUACACGCUGCAGUUCUGGCACGUCUUAGCGGCACGCUUGGCUUUCAUUAUUGUGUUUGAGCACCUUGUCUUUUGCAUAAAGCAUCUGAUCUCCUACUUAAUUCCAGAUCUUCCAAAAGAUCUGAGAGAUCGAAUGAGGAGAGAAAAGUACCUUAUUCAGGAAAUGAUGUAUGAAGCUGAACUAGAACGUCUGCAAAAAGAGCGGAAGGAAAGGAAAAAGAAUGGAAAAUCUUAUCACAAUGAGUGGCCAUGAUAGGGUGAGGAAGAAACUGCUUAAAAGAAGAUAAGAACUCCUGUUUAUAAAAAAUUCCUGGUUUUCUACAGCAGAGAGUGCACUGAAAGGAAUAGUCAAUAAUGUUAUGUGCGCUUAGCACAUGUGCACCCCUSUUCAAUAGGGCAGAUUUUGUCAUAAGCCUUUUGAAAUUAGAGGUCUUUCCAAGGCUGRGUCUUUUCCAGAGCUGAUGUCAACACAAGCACAUCAGACCAACACUGAGUCUCUGCACUCUUGCCAGGAAGCUCCAGGCCCUGACUCAAACUCGAGGCCCUGAACUUCAAAGCAGUUACACAACUGACAGUGCUUUCCAGAACCUGGUGAUCUUACAGCUCAUUCUCAUGAAGCUGCUCCUUCGUAAGCAGUGCCUGUGCCUCGGCAGCGUGGCACUGUUUGUCCAUGUGUGUGGCCACCACCUGCAGCACAUGCAUGGCAGCGCUGCUCUCUUCCACAGUGGAUCCAGCUGUGUUAGUUUGCUUUUGCCACCAGUUAAGGUCACGUAUGGGGACUGUUUCCAUUACUCAACAAUACUGAAGUAUUAUUUAGGAGGAGAUGCAUGACCAUGAGUCUGAUCAACUGGUCUAACAAUGCUGAAAUAUGUAGGCUAACAGAUAGCCAAGCCUCUAAUGUGGCCAGAGGUAUCUAACUGUAGGGUCGUUUAUUUGGAAAUGACACUGUGAAAAGUUGGUAAUGCAGGUUAAAGAUUUGAACAGUGCCUUUUCAGCUAUGGGACUGUCUGGUGUCUGAAGGAAUCAAAUCAGGUUAGGCAUCUUGCCCAGAACUGCCUGUGUAUUUGUUUUGCAAGAUCAUGUUGAACCCUAGUCAGGAAUUGGGGUGUACUUACAUAACAGAAGUCAGAUGGUAUCUUAAAGACCUAUCUGUCAAAGUAAAACCAAAAAAAAAAAAAAAAGAGAUGAACAAGGUCAGCAGAGUAAAACACCAUCAACCUAACAUCUACACUUGUAGCACUUUCUUUUUUCAUUUUUUUCAUUAUCUGUAAUGGGAUGGAGGGGAAAAAUAAAAGAACAGACUGUAGUAUGUAAUAGUUUGAAAUCCUUAAUGGAGAGCAAUUCUACACAGCCUGCAAAUWAGAUUUGGGCAAAAUAAGCCACUGUCAAUAUCCUUUAACAAAUUCCUUAGUACUAGAAAAAAUUCAUGUUUAAUGAAGAAAUUAAAAAUUUCCAGACUAUUAACCCAAAAGGGUGGAGUCAUAAUUUUAAAGACUUCAUAAGUGGUGGAUGGAGUGACAUGAAUGAAAAUACUGAAUGUUGUGAAAUCUCUUCCAGCAGCUGUUUCUAAAAGUUAUUGUGGAAAUAAUUUUAUAGAAGGAGUAGAAUUUGCUCUUCUGGACAGACCACACAAUGCAAGACCCUAUGGAUGGACACCUCAAGUUCCACAUGACAACAGAACCACCUGCACCAAGACCAAUAUCACCAAAUUAGAUACAUUAACUUCUUUCCACUGCAAGGGAGAACUGCGCUAUUUGCAUAAUGGGGGGGAGCUUUAACGAAGGGUAAUAUGAAGGAAGAAGAGGGAUGGAAGAAAGUGUGAGCAUCCUCCUCUCUGUGGCCACUGCCUGCCUACGCUUUGCUUCCUCGCAGCCAGGAACCUCCUCCAGUGGCAGYCCACCAUCCAACCUGAACAGGAUAAAUGACACAGCAGCUCCCUUUUAUCAGCUGCUCCCGGCCUAAGCCUGGAAGUCCCAUAAGCACUGAAGAAUCUGUUCCGUGUUGUGGGAUAAAUUCCUGACUAAUGGGGAACUGAACUUGUUCAUCUUUGCUUCAGCUUACAGCAGCUCUGAACAUGUCCCACAUGCACAGUGGGGAAAUAGGAGUAUUUCUGUCUCUGUAAAUAGGGGCUGGGGAUUAGGCAAUGCUGACCUGCAAUACGCACAUGCCAGAUGGGUUAGUGUUUAUCCACCACCUACAGUUGCAAAUCUGYAGAUUUCAGGGGCAGGGUCACUGUGCAAAAUCAUAUUCAGACCAAAUUCUCAUGAAUAAUUGGAUUUGUCUGGAUACCCUCUGUUUAAUGUCUAAACCAGAUGACCAGAGUCUAGAAACUGUUUGCUGAGUAGUAAAGUGAGACRUGAGCUAUGAAUAAAAUCAGUGUCACCCAUAUGAGCAAAAUGGACCUUUGCAAAUUCCUUUGCAAAAGCAGUAAGAUACAGCUUUGUCAACUUAGAUCUCAAUAGCUUCCAAGAAUUGAACUGAAAGAAUAGAAUAUGAACUGACUUCCACUCCAGGGAAACCACUGCAAUGAAAUGUGCCAAAACAAAUAGUGCACAGCAGAAAUGCAAUAGGUAAUAAUUGCUUUUGAGAGUAGUUUUCAAGAUACCUACAUUAUGAUGAAUUUUCCUGACAAUACAUUGCUAGAAGUUGUGUCCCAGUCUCCUCUAAAUGACACCAUAUGUUGGCUGCUUGCCAAGCUUAUGCUGAGUUUGAUCCUGCAAGGGGCUCUGACCUCCCUGGCAGACCCUGAGUACAUUUCUGUCACUUCAGUCUGACCAGUCAGUCUGUCGAGGUUUCUCUGCUGCUGGUCUGAUAAAUAGAUUUCCCUGGAGCUGUAYGGCAGAACACUCAGAAAAGAUGCCCCCUUUUUAUUUAAUAGAAAAAUUAAAUACAAAUAAUAGUAUAAUAUUAAUAAAUGGAAUUUUAAGUGUCUCUAGAGAGCUAAUUUAUGCCGUUCUCUUCCUGAUCUGAUGAUGGGUUUUGUUUAAACCUCCAGGUGACAGUCCUUACAUUGUUUACUUAUUCCAGUUCCACAAGAGCACUACCUUCAUGGGAAUGAGAAAAAAAUGCAACUUCAAUGCAUGGCACAGACAUUUUCCACAGCAAGCAGGACAGCACACAUCAGAGGAUUUAUUGUGAAAUCAUCUUGCAAUCAGCAUAGGGCCACUCUUGACRGCAGCAUGUACUUCAUGAGCAGUUACAAGUCAGUUUUUAAACCAAGAAAAAUAAAUUGUAUAUUGGGACUGUUUUCCAGCCCGUUUGCUAAGUUUUUUGCAUUCUGUUCCAUGCUGGUUUUACAGAUCUUAGAACAAGAAAUAUAAAUGAACAUCCAGGAUACUCUGACAAAAGAAAAAUCUAGGAAUAGAUUGUCAUCUACAUUCAAGCCACCAAAUACUCGACAGAAACCGUGUUUACAAAUCAGUUCUUUUAUUAUUUUAAAUCUUUCUGAAGGGAGUUACAUUAUUUACCAUAUAUAUUAUAUAUAUAUAUAUAUAUAUAUAAAGUAUAUUGAGAGAUUGUUUAUUUGUAAAUAGAAAAAUUCUAUGGAGAAGAAUGUCAAGUUUUCACACUUAAAAAAAUCAUCAA